AUGCUGUCGAGAAAUCAAAUCUUUCGGUGUCGGGACACUCCUUCUGCACACCCUCCUAAUACUUUAAAAAAACCCACACCCACUGGCAACAAGCACAAACCGAAGGAUAAAGAGAACCAUCCUCCUCCUUGCAAGCCCCCGAGACCUCCCUCUUCCAUUCCCAACCCUAACCCUCUCAAGCGCAAACUUUACGAACACUCCGUUCCCGCAACCUCUGAUUCCGGCGUCAAGGUUGUUGUGAGAAUGAGGCCUACGUGCGGUGACGGGGAUGAAGAAGAUUCUAUUGUUGAGAGGAUUUCCAGUGAUUCCUUGUUCAUCAACGGUCAGAAUUUUACAUUUGAUUUUGUUGCUCCCACCGACACUACUCAGGCAUGA